CCAUUACGUCAUCUUGUUGGACAGCUUUUAGGACAAUUUACGAUAAUUAUGGCGCCAGGGGUAUCAUCUUGGGUGAGCAGAAGACUCAAGUAAGGACAGCUUCAGUGACAGUUACCAGAACACUGCCAGUGAGGAGAAUUGUGGCGAGGACUCACAGGCAAGUUUGCAAAAAGGUGUACAGUGCAUAGACUGCUGCUUGAAACAUGGGUUGUCUGUCGUCAAAGGAAAAGUCAGUUCCAUACAAGACUGACUUCGCGAAGGAAUGUCUGAGAGCUCACAACGAGUUCCGCGCCAGACAUGGCGCCCCGGCCAUGGUGCUCAACAAGGAGGCCUGUGAGCAUGCGCAGAAGUGGGCAGACCACCUGGUGAAGACCGGGAAGUUUGAACACAGCCAGGACAGGAGUGGGGACAUGGGAGAAAACAUCGCCAACCAGUGGAGCUCUGAUCCUAACGCUGAACAUUCAGCCGAAUCUUUCGUACAGCAAUGGUACGAUGAAGUGAGUAAAUACGACUUCAGUGGGAACAACUUCCAACCAGGCGCAGGCCACUUCUCUCAGGUAGUGUGGAAGGCCAGUACGGAGCUGGGUGUGGGGAUGGCCUCGGACGGAAAGGGCGCAGUCACCGUGGUGGCGAACUACAUGCCGGCCGGGAACGUACAGGGGCAGUUCAGUGACAACGUGCAGGCUGCUAACCAGAUAUAAACACAUUACUCACCUUUAUUCGCGGGGUUACCUAUAUCCGUUGUUUUAAAAGCAGGUUAUUUAGGGACAUCAAGUCGACGGACGGUGGUUUUAAAUUUCAAUGUUUUCAAAAUGUUCUAAUCUUUAAACUACCGUUCGUCGACUUGAUAUCCCUGAAUGUUUGUGCAAAACAAUGGAAAAAGGUUACCCCGCUGAUAAAGGUGAACUAACGUUACCAAGAUUGGUAAAAUGUUGUCAUACUUGAUAAAGUCAUACUGGUUGAUUAUAUGGAUGACAUCCCAUGGGCACCGCAAAAUUAACGUGAGAUUGCGAAAAAAAGUUGGACCAAAAGUAGCUUUCAUCAAGAAAUGUAAGUGGUUAGGAGGAAUGACUGGGAUUAAUAUACCUAACAAUAACUUUUUAUUUUUGUUUUUCCCAUUUUCUUGGAAGGCUUGGGAAAACUUCUCUCGGUGCCCGAAAUACAUUUUGUGCUUGGUGUAAGUUUGCAACAAAAUCAGUUACUGUUUCGCAAUAGGAAAAUAGGUACUGAAUGACAUCAGCACCGUUCUUGCGCAAUACACGGUAUGUAUUUGCUCAUUUUGCAGCUUCUUUGUACGAGUACAGUAUGAUUGAAAACUUGGUUUUGAAAACGGACGGAAUUUGCGAGGGAAACGCGGAUUUCAUCCAUAUAAUGAAGACAGUGUGGCCUAAAUAAAAGCACCCAAGGAGAAGUAAUUACCGUAUAAAAACGCCAAAGAUUAUUCCAUUAAUUAAAAUCAUGGACGGAAUAUUUUGUCGAAAUUUUGACAAACUCAUAGGACAAGUAAUGUUUCUUACUCAAAGGACAAGUAAUCCGCUGAAGUAUUUUCAACUUUUUAUAACGGUGCUUCUUAUCAAACAAGUUGUGAAAAAAACAUGCGACAGAUAUGGGAGGUCCACCUCAGAUAUAAAAGUUGUACGGUAUUGUUAACACGUGCUUCAGAUGUUGUCUAAUUCAAUUUCAUAUGAUUUUCAAGUAAAAGAUGCUAUUUCUGAAUAAAUGAAUAAGGGUCUUUGUAUUACGAAGGAACCAUG